AUGAGCGUCAACCCAAGACACCAGUUGUACCACUACUGGAGCUCCGAUGGUUUCCUCAGCGCACCAGAAAUAUCGAAGAUGAUGUCAUUCAAGCGCUUCCAAUCCAUCAUGAACUGCCUCCACGUAAGCGACAAGAGCAAACCAAAAAAGAACGGAGAAGAUGGAUUUGACAGGCUUGCUAAGGUUCGCCCUCUCCUGGACGCAUUGAACACCAGUUUUCAAAGCGAGUACACACAAUCUGUGGAUCACGCGGUUGACGAGUGCAUGAUCCGAUUCAAGGGAGGGUCAUCGAUAAAGCAGUUCCAGCCCACGAAGUCAAUCAAGAGAGAAUACAAAGUGUGGGCAAGAGCAGACUCGAAAUCCGGUUAUUUGCUACGGUUUGAAGUGUAUGAAGGAAAGAACGCAAAGCGGCCGGCCAACAACACUCUAGGAGAACAUGUCGUGCUGUCGUUAUCGGAAGGGAUGGAGCCUGGCUCUCAGUUGUAUUUCGACAACUAUUUCACGUCCACGCGCCUGAUGGAAGAUCUUGCAGAGAGGGCUAUCCUUGCUGUAGGCACCGUCCGAACAAACAGAAAAGAUCUUCCUGAGGAACUGAUGAAAACAACAAACUGCAAAAAGGAGAAUUUCUAUGGCGGACAACGGGGCAGGUUACUGCUUACCAGUGGCAAAGAUUAG